CAAUCUCGCCUCGCCUCGCCGGCACUUUUAGUUCCUCACGUGACUGACAGCUGGAGGUCCCCAGCCACAGGUGUCAGUGUGGGUGCUGUGCUCUGUACUUCACAUAAACAUGUAAACAAGAAAGCAUAUAUAUGUACAAGAGAAUGAUUGUUUUUGCAAAUUCUGAGAAAGAGAAGAGAAAUAGACUUCCCAGUAAAUUCCAUCCCAAAAUGUUUUGACUGGGUACCUACCUAGGUACUCUGAUAUGACCUAGCGGUUUCUUCUGCUGUGGCGUUACAGUAUGACCACUUCAUCCUCUCCAAGUAUAGAAGUACUGUAUCCUUUCGAGUCAGAACUCCAGCACAUAUUCAUACAGCUGGACCUGCCAAAAUGAUACUGGGACAGGUUUCCUGGCUUGACUGUUUCGUUUUUCUGAUCUUUCUGGCGCCUCAAUUGAUCCUGAGAGUUGGCUUUUUUCCCACACUCUUUUGCGGCCUCCGCGCCCUUCCCUUCUUGUGUAAGUCUGAUAUCGGUACCACAGAUGCCUUCCAACACCACUCAAUCCAACUUCAUAUACCUAUGGAUACCAAUUUCAAGAACUACGACUGAUCAAAUACUGCAGUAAUAAAAUUACCCCGACUCUUUCUCAGCCGGGAAAACAGGUCACCCUUCGUCCAAACCGCAUCAUGGUUUGAAGAUUUUAUAAUUCGAUGCGUUCGCUAUGCAUUUGCGAAUAUUCCAGCAAACAUUGGGCGGGUUUUCUUCUCCAAGCCUGUGGCAUUGCCGUUCUUGAAGUUUCGGAUGUUGCGGCAUGGCUUUCUUCGGUCGCCAAUCCAUUGGGAGGAAGUGAACAAGGUAUCUUGUCCUUCUCUCCAUGCUGAAUCAUCUUUCACUAACAAAUAACAGUCAGAUUUCAAAGGGAUUUGGAUGAUUGAUGAUGAGUCUCGAGAUCCUGAUAUUGUCAUUUACUACGCUCAUGGUGGCGGGUUCUCUAUGGGGUCGAGUUACUUUUAUCUUGAAUUCCUCCUUACCUGGCUUAGUCUUCUCAAAACCUGUGGUGGUUUUGACAACCCUGCUAUUUUCUCUCUGGAAUACACUCUUGUUCCAGAUGAUUCAUAUCCGUAAGUAUUAUGAGAUAUUGUUUAGCACCUUUCCUGCCCCCUUCGUUUUCACACAAGUGGAAAAAUGUCCACUUCCUCCUAAACUCACAAACCAACCAACAUUCUAACGCCCGCUCUACAGAUCUCAACUACGCGAAGCAUCAGCAGGCUAUAAAUACACCCUCUCAAAAACCACCGGAGACCCCUCCAAAAUAUGCGUCGCCGGAGACUCAGCAGGCGGCACAAUAAUCCUAACCCUCCUCCUCCACCUGGCAAGCAUAUCCAACAGGCCCACCCCCAAACCCAUCGCCUCCAAUCCCUCCACCCAUCUCACAUCCCGUCCCCAACUCCCCACCAACAACCCCUCCAACCCCGGAAUGGCCCUCCUCAUCUCCCCUUGGACAACCCUCUCCUCCCCGCACCACAAAACCACACGUAGCGAUUACCUCGACCCCGCCACACUCCAAGCAUACGCCACCCUCUACGCCGGGCCCGACAUCUCCAUCGACGACCCCGUUAUCUCGCCCGGGCGGUGCAAAUCCGUGUCUUGGUGGCAGAAGGCGUGGCCGAAGCACGGGAUCUUCGUCGUCUACGGCGCGGAAGAGGUGUUUGCGCCUGAGAUCCGAGGGUUGGUCAGGUUUUGGGAGGAGGGCGGGUUGGAGGUUGGGUGGGAGGAGGAGAAGGGUGGGAUUCAUGCGUGGCCUGUUGCUAGUGUGUUCUUGGGUGGGACGAGAGAGAGGAGAUUGAAGGGGUUGAGGAUUAUUGUUGGGGAUAUUAGGAGGAGGAUGGGGAGGGGAAAGUAA